AUGUCUCCGUCUGUGAAACACCACGAGUUCGUGGAUGAGCCUAUGCGUGACAAGCCAGUUUCAGCAAUCGCAGGAAUCGCGCACAAUCCAUGUAAGAUCCUGGUCGAUCUUGGAUACGAUAAGGCGUAUGUUCUUUUUGAGCAGUUCCUCAUUUACAGAAAGGAGAAGUGGUUCAUCGAAUGGCUUAUGGCAGGCACUUUUUUGUUUGAACUUUCUUUGCCUUCUAUUCUCCAUUACCUAUUUGCUUUAUUAUGA